GACACCUGUCUAACUCUUCCUACUUGUCAAAUUUUCGAUAAACGUGUUUCUUUUUUGUGCGGUUGCUGUGAGAAGUAGUCGUGUAUGUGUAGCUGCUAAGAAAAAAAUAAGAUGACUGAAACUUUGCAAUUAAAAGGCACCCUUUUGGGUCACAAUGGAUGGGUAACACAAAUUGCCACCAACCCAAAAUACCCUGAUAUGAUUUUAUCUUCAUCCAGAGACAAAACCUUGAUUGUAUGGAAAUUGACACGUGAAGAUACCCAAUAUGGUGUACCCCAAAAACGUUUAUAUGGCCACUCUCACUUUAUCUCAGAUGUAGUACUCUCCAGUGACGGAAAUUAUGCUCUUUCUGGUUCAUGGGACAAGACUCUUCGUCUGUGGGAUUUGGCUGCAGGAAAAACUACAAGAAGAUUUGAAGAUCACACUAAGGAUGUUUUGAGUGUAGCCUUCUCUGUUGACAAUAGACAAAUUGUGUCUGGAUCCCGUGACAAGACCAUCAAACUGUGGAACACCUUGGCCGAAUGUAAAUACACAAUUCAAGAUGAUGGACAUUCCGAUUGGGUAUCCUGUGUAAGAUUUUCCCCCAACCACGCCAACCCAAUCAUCGUAUCAGCUGGAUGGGACCGUAUGGUGAAGGUAUGGAACUUGACCAAUUGCCGUCUAAAGAUCAACCACUCUGGUCACACUGGUUACUUAAACACAGUUACAGUCUCUCCUGACGGUAGCUUAUGUGCUAGCGGAGGUAAAGACUGCAAAGCCAUGCUGUGGGAUCUUAAUGACGGCAAGCACUUACAUACCUUGGACCAUAAUGACAUCAUCACCGCUUUGUGCUUCUCACCAAACAGGUACUGGCUGUGUGCUGCCUUUGGACCCUCAAUCAAAAUCUGGGACUUGGAAAGCAAGGAAAUGGUUGAAGAACUUAAACCAGAAGUCGUUUCACAAAACACAAAAGCUGAACCUCCUCAGUGUCUUUCUUUGGCCUGGUCCACAGAUGGACAGACACUGUUCGCUGGAUAUUCCGACAACACGAUCAGAGUAUGGCAAGUCAGUGUGUCUGCUCAUUAAGAUGUUAAGUUGUAGAUAAGCGACAGUUUUUUUACAAUAAAAAGACUGGAAAAAACA